UGAUACUCGACCCCCUCCCCUCCGCUCCUCUCCAUCCUCCCACCCACCAAUUCUCUGCCAUUGCCAUUCGUCGUCAUGGCUGCUACUCGCUCCUUGAUGCGGCUGGGCACCGGCCGUGCCUUGUCCUCUGCCACCCGGUCGUCCGCCCGUGCUUUUUCAACGACUGUGUUGAAGGCCUCGACGACUCCGGUCACCGAUCAUGUCCCGAACAUGCGCCUUGCCCAGCGCUCUCCUGAGGGAGCUCUGCGCGCCCCCGUCGUCAACCCAGCGGACAAGUACCAAGACAAGGCAGAGGGCCUGCACAAGUACGGCCAGUAUAUCAUGUCGUGCCUGCCGAAGCACGUGCAGCAAUUCUCCGUCUGGAAGGACGAGCUGUGCAUCUACGUGCCCCCCUCGGGCCUGAUCCCGACGAUGACCUUCCUGAAAUACCACACGGCGGCCGAGUACACGCAGAUGUCGGACAUCACGGCAGUUGAUUUCCCGACGCGCGACCAGCGCUUCGAGGUGGUCUACAACAUGCUGAGCGUGCGGUACAACUCGCGCAUCCGCGUCAAGACCUACGCCGACGAGGCCAGCCCCGUGCCCAGCGUGACGGGCCUGUUCGAGGGCGCCCUGUGGUACGAGCGCGAGGUUUACGAUAUGUUCGGCGUCUUCUUCACCGGCCACCCGGACCUGCGCCGCAUCAUGACCGACUACGGUUUCGACGGUCACCCGCUGCGCAAGGACUUCCCGCUGACCGGAUACACGGAGCUGCGGUACGACGAGGAGAAGAAGCGCAUCGUCAUCGAGCCGCUCGAGCUGACACAGGCCUUCCGGAACUUUGAGAGCGGCAGUACCGCCUGGGAGCCUGUUGGCCCGGGCACUGACCGGACUCCUGAGUCGUUCAAACUUCCCACUCCCAAGCCGGAGCCGAAGGAGGAGGAAAAGAAAUAGGUGUAGUUUAGAUUUCUUAUUAUUUUUUCGGCUGUUCUGUAUGUACAUAUCGCGUCUGUCUGAAUUAUUUAUGAC